CAGCAGCAGCCAGCAGCCAGCAACCAGCAGCCAUCAGCAGCGACCAUGGGCAAGGCAACCGCCGUCGGCAUAGACCUGGGCACCACCUACUCGUGCGUGGGCGUGUGGCAGCACGGCAAGGUCGAGAUCGUCGCCAACGAGCAGGGCAACCGCACCACGCCCAGCUACGUCGCCUUCACCGACACCGAACGACUCAUCGGCGAUGCCGCCAAGAGCCAGGUGGCCAUGAACCCGAAGAACACGGUUUUCGACGCGAAGCGAUUGAUUGGAAGACGCUUUGACGAUCCCAAGAUACAAGACGACAUGAAGCACUGGCCGUUCACGGUCGUUUCCGACGGCGACAAACCCAAAAUUCAGGUGGAGUACAAGGGCGAGACGAAGAGGUUCGCGCCCGAGGAGAUCAGCUCGAUGGUGCUGAGCAAGAUGCGCGAGAUCGCGAGCACGUACCUGGGCGGCGACGUGCGCGACGCGGUGAUCACGGUGCCGGCCUACUUCAACGACGCGCAGCGCAGCGCCACCAAGGACGCGGGCGCCAUCGCCGGCCUCAACGUGCUGCGCAUCAUCAACGAGCCCACCGCCGCCGCGCUCGCCUACGGGCUCGACAAGAACCUGCAGGGCGAGAAGAACGUGCUCAUCUUCGACCUCGGCGGAGGCACUUUUGACGUGUCGGUGCUGGCCAUCUCGGAAGGGUCGCUGUUCGAGGUGAAGUCGACGGCGGGUGAUACGCACCUGGGCGGCGAGGACUUCGACAACCGGCUGGUGCAGCACCUGGCAGAGGAGUUCCAGCGCAAGCACCGCAAGGACAUGCGCGCCAACGCGCGCGCGCUGCGCCGCCUGCGCACCGCCGCCGAGCGCGCCAAGCGGACGCUCUCGUCCAGCACCGAGGCCAGCCUCGAGAUAGACGCCCUGCACGACGGCAUCGACUUCUACGCCAAGGUGACGCGCGCGCGGUUCGAGGAGCUGUGCAUGGACCUCUUCCGGCAGACGCUGGCGCCGGUGGAGCGCGCCCUGGGCGACGCCAAGCUGGACAAGGCGUCCGUGCACGACGUCGUGCUGGUCGGCGGCUCCACGCGCAUCCCCAAGAUACAGAAGAUGCUGCAGGACUUCUUCUGCGGCAAGACGCUGAACCUGUCCAUCAACCCGGACGAGGCGGUGGCGUACGGCGCGGCGGUGCAGGCGGCCAUCCUGAGCGGCGACACGAGCUCGCAGAUCCAGGACGUGCUGCUGGUCGACGUGGCGCCGCUCUCGCUCGGCAUCGAGACCGCGGGCGGCGUCAUGACCAAGAUCGUCGAGCGCAACGCGCGCAUCCCCUGCAAGCAGAAGCAGACCUUCACCACCUACUCCGACAACCAGCCCGCCGUCACCAUUCAGGUGUUCGAGGGCGAGCGCGCCAUGACCAAGGACAACAACCUGCUGGGCACGUUCAACCUGACGGGCAUCCCGCCGGCGCCGCGGGGAGUACCCAAGAUCGAGGUGACCUUCGACCUGGACGCGAACGGCAUCCUCAACGUGUCGGCGACGGAGAGCGGCUCGGGUCGCAGCGAGCGCAUUACCAUCCAGAACGACAAGGGCCGCCUUUCCAAGGCCGAGAUCGAGCGCAUGCUGGCCGACGCAGAGCGCUUCCGCGCCGAGGACGAGCGGCAGCGCGCGCGGGUCGAGGCCCGCAACCGCCUGGAAGCGUACGCGCUCUCGCUCAAGCAGGCCGCCGAGGACGCGGGCAGCAAGCUGAGCGACGCGGACAAGGCGACGGUGCGGGACCAGAGCGCGGAGGCGCUCAAGUGGCUGGACAGCAACUCGCUGGCGGAGCAGGAGGAGUUCGAGGACCGCUACAAGCAGCUGUCGGCCGCCUGCUCGCCCAUCAUGGCCAAGCUGCACCAGGCGGGCGCCGGCGGCGGCGCGGGCGCAGGCACGGGCUCCGGGGCCGCCAAGGGCCCCACCGUCGAGGAGGUCGACUGAGGCGGCGGCGAGGCCGCUCCGUGAAGAACUCUACUGGACUGUGGCCACACCAUUCUAACACACUCCUUACACUAGCCUGCCACUCUCGUUUGGGAAUUACUUCGUUGUGCGUCACACACUAUGCUCCAGAUUUUGUUGUCCCGGUAUUGCGUUUAAGCGAAGUCUUAAAAAAUGCCGUGGUUCAGUGUCUUAUAUAAUUUUCCUGCUUUGAUCUAACAUAAAUUGCCAAAUGUUGCUGACAGUGGCUUAAGAGUAUUCCAUAUCCGUAUGUAGGAUCUCACGUUCUGCGGCGCUGCUGAUGUAUAAUGUUCUCGCAGCUACGCUGCCGAAUUGCUGUGUCUUCUUAGUAUGAUACACACGUCAAGAAAAGCGUUGCACCACGCCGAUAUGCCGUGCAUAUGCAUUGCUAAUGUGACUGUUCCUGUACUGAUCAGGUCAGCCCUGUUGUUGUUCCACGCAACAGCAGCCGUGAGCGCUACCUACGGGUAGAGCGCCACAGUUUCAGGUGAAAGUAAAGCACCAGUAGGGCCGCAUUGUAGUCGUCUAUGGAACAGCAGACUGAAUAUCCGCCAUACCGCGACAGACAGUCGCGACCAAUGACAGGAUCCGCAUCAUCACGUAGGCUUGCCAACCACGGAAGUUGUUGGAUGUGAGCACCGGAGUCAGAAUGGUGUUGUAUGUACAUGGAAUUGGUUCCAAUCGACAAGUAGUAUCGACGACUUACACCGCACAGGCCGUUCACGGUCGAUAGGUGCGAAGGAUGAUCAAUAUCUAAGACUUUUCAGUCAAAGGAACCUUGGACUAAGCCCGCAGAACUGAAUUCGGCGUUCCGAGAGGCUAGAAGACGUCACAUGUUGCAUCGAACAGUUAGGAGACGAUUACAUGAUGCGACUUUCCAUUACCAACCACCAUGGCGAGCAUCAUGUCGUCCACACUACGGACACCAAUAAAGAUUGGUAAGAAAUGCAGAACGGACGUAGCAGAAUUGGCGCCGGGAGUUGUUUACGAACGAAACACGGAUCUAGAAUGAGAUUUUCACUCUGCACCGAUGUGGGCGCUGAUAUGAAACUUCCUGGCAGAUUAAAACUGCGUGCCGGACCGAGACUCGAACUCGAGACCUUUGCCUUUCGCGGGCAAGUGCUCUACCGAUUUGGAAGGUAGGAGACGAGGUACUGGCUGAAGUGAAGCAGUGAGGACGGGGCGUGAGUCGUACUUGGGUAGCUCAGUUGGUAACUUAAUCACACUUGCCCGCGAGAGGCAAAGGUCCCGAGUUCGAGUCUAGGUCCGGCACACAGUUUUAAUCUGCCAGGAAGUUUCGAAACACGGAUCUGUUUGUAUCCUGAUAAUCGCAGACAACGUGUUUGGAGACAACCCGCUAAUAUUUAACGCCUCCAAGACUGUGCCCCACAUAGUCAACAAGAUGACGGGGGAGUCAUGAUCUGAGGUGGCAUUAUAAGGGGCCAACGUACACCUCUCGCGGUUGCUGAGUCCAAUCACACAGCUCUGCGUUACAGGAACUGUAUAGCCAAAAUUUUGGUGAUACCUUCAGAUGGAUGAUAACUCGUGUGCUCAUCGUGCUGGUCUCGUGAAAUGUUACUUCAGCACGCUAGUGUCACCAGAAUGGAGUAGCCUGCGUAUUCCCAAUCAGGAACCCAAUCGAACAUGUGUGGGGUCGAUUGCAACGAGCAGUUUUGGACGUCGAUAACGACCCCGUACUCCGUGCAACUUACCCAGAAUCGCUAUUGAACCGUAUGAUAAUUUUGACCAGGACUGACGUGAUGAUCUCAUUGAAGAUAUGACACGAAGGAUUCAAGCGUACGUCCCAGCAAGGUUAGUUUCCAUGACGCCACGUAUUGAUGUUGCUCAGGACUGCUGCCAAAAAGCGCCAUGGGAAACGGACGAUAUUGUCGUUACAAAAAUAUUUUUUUAUUUGAUGAGCUGAACACACUACAAUUGAAUAUAUGUGCGUACCUCAGAGACAAUUUUUUUUUUUUUUUUUUUGCCACGAAUUUCUAAACAAAAGGGUGAUGCAAAGCUUUUGUUGGUGUGUGUAUUUCGACAGUGUAGCUCGUUUUCAUCGUAAGAUGUUCCCUGACGUAGUGAAGGGUCGCUGAACACUUCUCUAACUUAAUCACACAAUGGAUCACGGUGCUACAAGAAGUUUGGCACAGACGUCGAUGUCCUGGGACAGUGAUCAUAAGAGAGGUGAUUGAGAUUGUUCGAAAAAAAUCUAUUAUCGGAAGCUCCGGCUACAAACUGAGAAGCCCAUGCUAUGCUGCCUUAAAAUCAAUAAAAGAACACCGGAAAGCUCAAGUCAAACACAAACAAGGAAAAUAAGCCAGUGGCACACCACCUGGACGGCACUCACUCUUAGAGGGAGCGGACCGCAGACGAAACGCCUCCUACGGGCGAGGAGCACUCCGGCGUUCAGGUGCGGCAAGUAUACCGAACGCCGAAACCAGGACCGCAGGAAGGCGAAGAGAGGGAAUAACGGGUGGGUGUAGAAGGGCAGGCAUUCCUCCUUGGGCUUCAAGAGGGUAAGACCAGUUUCAGGAUUGCACUUCAUACCGAGAUUCAAGCUGCCUGCCCAAGAUUGCGCGAAGCCUUCCAACGACAACGACGGAAGGCUGACCACGACACCAGGGAACGCAGACAAGUGAGAGGGAUCAGCGCAAGGAAUGGUCAAAAGAGCAGAGUUGACAACAGAAGUCCUCACAGAUGUGAGACUCCUCUAACCCCUUCUGAAAAUGAGCAAGGGGGCGGCGGGGGAGGGGGGGAGAAAGACUCACGGCCAGUAUAGAGAGAUACAACAUUGAACAAGUGUGAAGGCGACGUCAUUAAGACGACAACACUGAUAGUUAUGACCAGAGUUUUCAGAGUUUCCUUUGGUUGUAAGGCGAAUACCGCAACUGUCCCUCUAAAUCCGCUCCAAAUACAUUCCCAAUUGAUAGACAUAAAUGCACCCCUCCCCUCAGACUCAUACUAAUUCAAGAUCAUCAACUGAAAUCAAAAUAAAGACGCUGAACAGAAUCCAUUUUCUAAUAAAUGGUUGAAAAGAGCGUUCACGCUCUUGAACAGUCCACCUUCCUCCAUACGAGGAUGGUGUGAAAUGUUCACAAUAAAAUAAAAUACCCUGACGCUUCAGUACGUCAUGGAGCACCUGACGAUAAUAGGGAGCUACGUUGUCAAAAUGUCGUCCCAAGAGGACACAACAAUCCGACAGCAUGCCCACGAGAACAUUAUAAAUCCUCAUACGGGGUUAAAAUCCCAACCCAGCCAUUUCGCUUUAAUGCUUCAAUGUUUUCUCUAUUCUCUUCAGGAGAAUGCAGGGAUGGUUAUUACAAUAGGACCACUGUUCAUUCUUUCUCCUAUGUUUGAUCUACAGUACUAGUGACUAUACGUUGGCAUGGGUAGCACAAUCUGUACGAAUUCUUCGUUCUUCCUAAUUUAGGGUCUCCAAUUCAGAAUGCUUCGAAUGCUUUCCAGAACGUAAAUACACGUCACUGACCGCUGUACUUCCAUUCGGGCGGACGACGGCCCUGUCAGGCUAUCCAGAUUUAGUUUUCCCAUAAGUUUCGCUUGAGGAAAAUUCUGCGAUGGUUGCUUUGUAAAGGGCAUGCUGAUUCUUUCCCUACCCUUCCCUAAUCCUAGCUUGUGUGCCGACUAUAAUGACCUCGUUGUCGACUGGACGUCAAACGCUAAUCUUCCUUCCUUCCUCUGAGCGCUCGUAUAACGCGACAGCUGUGUGAGAAUCAGAGUUAAUUCUCUCUACGCUUCAGGACAUUUCCUAUUUUUAACAGUUUUAAGCAAUAUUUUAUAUUCGCCUAGACUUAAUUUGAAAAAUCUUAUGAAUGUAAAUCAGCAAGUAGUUCCAUUCGUCACUCCUACUACCAUAAUUAUGAAUCCAACUUACCUGGUGAUAAAACUAACUGAAGUACCCCGAAUCCUUACUGAAAUUGUUCUCUUUUACGACAGAUAGCUCGCGCAGAUCAGUAUAUCAACAAUUGGUCCUAUAGUCUGGAGACUGCAUAUCGUUUCGAAACCUACUGGUAAUAUUAUGAAACGAUGUGAAAAACGCUGUGAAUCACCUAAGACUUGCACCGCAAAUAUUUAGAUAAUGCAAGAAGCAAUUGAUCUGCCGAUUUCACCGUUUGAAAUAGUAGGUAGGUGCCCCCCAUACUCAGAGAGUUACGGGUUUCAAAUGCGUAUUUAUUUAAAAACAAGUAAAAAUAUUUCAGUUGGGCAAUACGUACUGACAGUACCUCAGUCAGCCGGCUGGUGUGGCCGAGCGGUUCUAGGCGCUUCAGUCUGGAACCGAGCGACCGCUGCGGUCGCAGGUUCGAAUCCUGCCUCGGGCAUGGAUGUGUGUGAUGUCCUUAGGUUAGUUAGGUUUAGGUAGUUCUAAGUUCUAGGGGACUGAUGACCUGAGUCCCAUAGUACUUAGAGCCAUUUGAAGCUAUACCUCAGUCAAAGUAGACUCAAUUAGUUUGUCAAUGGUGGUUGUUGUAGAAGUCUAGCGUAAGCACUUUACGAGAUAUCGUAGUGAACAUUAGAACACCGACAGUUGUUUGUUCCAUGUGGUAGCACAAACGAAUGUGAAUUUUACAUGGAUGGGUAUGUGCAGCGUGCAGCCCUAUGUAGAUGUCAAUACGUCUCCGGAGGUGUCGUGUUGUUGAAAGGGACAUUGCCUAGGCAAAAUAGGGUGAAUACACUACCUCUACGGGGUCUAACACGUAAAGAACCAAUAGACACUCAAAGCCUGUGCCAAAAUGACCACUAUCAGCGUCAAUACAAACCUGCAAUCAGCCUUGCAGCAAUUGCUUCAUAGGUUGUAGCAUUUCAGCGGAAACUUCAGCGCAGGCGGCAGUAAUACGCUGUUUCAUGUAAUCUGUAUUGUCUGAAGAGACUGAAGUUAUUUAAGAGGUUGACGUGUAUUGAAAUAUCUUUCGGCGUACAUGGCACACGAAAGAACGUCUUAAUUCCUAGACUCACCGUAAGCCAUGAGCAUAACCACUUGUUUCGUGUUGGGAAAUACUAUAUUCCAAGCACGUCCUACUACGUCCACUAUCACACAAUAAGCGACGGGACCGUCGCAAUGCAAUCACAGUGCACACACAACACAAUGUAAAUAAAUAUCACGUUGUCGCCUAGCAUCUAAGCAGCACGAUGGAACAAACAGCUGUUGGUGUUUACAUUGUUCGUAAACUGCUUGCACUACCUCCCUGCAACAAACACCACUGACAUUCUUAUUUACGUUACUUUUAUGGUUUUACUGUCAAUAGGUAUUGUCCCAUUUAAAAAUUUAUUUUUCUUUUGAAUAACUGCACCUUCGUCAACGUCCAAAAUCUAUGUGUUGGUUGCAAAUACCCGUCAUUGCCUACAAUUCAGUUCUGUGAAACCCGCAUAUCGAUAGUGUCUUCCAUGCGCGAAAUAUAUGCGGAGCAAGUGUUAGGUGAUUCACCCUGUAUAAGGAACACACAAAAUCAGUAGUGACAAAGUAGAUCUGUCAAUGAAACUCCACAGAAGACCCUACUGUGACCCAUUCUAAAAUGCUGCUACCAUGUUUGAAUCCUAUCUUACAGUGCUGACUGAAAGUUGAAGAUUAUAACAAGUCGGCAUAGCCCAUAUGAAAGUGUAAUAAACGAAACGUAUAUCGGAAUCAGCAUAAGGCAACGUUGUUGUCGCGAAGCCUUAUUGCGCAAUUUUUGAGAACUGAUAUGUAAGAUGUACUGUGGAACUGUUCUCCUGCGCAAGGAUCACGAGAGUGUGGUAAGAGACCUUAUAAAGCGUACAGAGGAAUCCAUAUUGGCUCUGAGUACUAUGGGACUUAACAUCUAUGGUCAUCAGUCCCCUAGAACUUAGAACUACUUAAACCUAACUAACCUAAGGACAGCACACAACACCCAGUCAUCACGAGGCAGAGAAAAUCCCUGACCCCGCCGGGAAUCGAACCCGGGAACCCGGGCGUGGGAAGCGAGAACGCUACCGCACGACCACGAGCUGCGGACAGGAAUCCAUAUUGCCAAUUUUCCGUUGUACUACGCGAGAAUGAAGUAAGAUAAGAAUGACUGUUGGUAAGAAGUAUCAUUUGUCAAUAGAGUGUGUAUUGCGUAGUAUAUUUGUCGAUACAGAUGAUGAUCUUGAGAACUCUGCAGCAAAGAGUGAAAGUAUCAUCGUCGUUUUCCCAAAAAUUCCUUCUCCAGCCGUCUACAGCGUUUACGAGACAAAAUGUGAGGCCUGCAUGGACGCAAAAUGGCAUGGUAGUUCGAUUGUCUCCGGCACAGUACGACAUUGCAACGACUUGUUAGUCUCCAGACUCCUACCAUCUAACCAUUUUUCGCAAAACGUUCUAUUCUGGCUUUUGUCAUCAUUUACUAGUAGCUAGCGGCAUGCUCCACGUUAGGUGGUGUCACCUCGCUACCAUAGUCUACUCGAUGGUAGACAGCUGUUUUUGAUGGACGAGUACAUCUCAAUAUUGCAUCCUGACGCAACCGCAAUCUCAAUGGUUCUAUGACCCUGUGAAUGUAUCUCAGAGCGAAGAGCGUGGAAAUGAGGCCUGAUUGUCGAAAAGAGGAGAAUGCGGUGAGAACUACAGACUGUCAUGAAGAUGAAACGAGCAAAGUGACCUUUGUCUUCUCGUAAUCACGUUAACUAUUCAAAAGUACGUUUGGUGGAGUGGCGCACUUCCUUGUGGAUUGCUUUUUACAUCAGUUGUGCAACGUGUCGUCGUAUACAAAGUAUGUUUCCUCGAAGUUUGGUGCUCUCUUGUGCCAAGUUCAAGUUUUUGUCGGUUUUCGUUUUCGGGUAUGUGACUAUAGAUAACCGUCCCUGUUCUGGUUAUUACUUAGCAUUAGCGUUUUAUCUUGUUUCAGCUAUACUGCUUUCACGCUUCACUAGAAAUUUAGUUGACUGGUUGACUAAAUUAAUAUGUACAGAAUAUUGUAAAAUCCUUUUAAUAAGAAAACUAUCCUUUUGCAUUUCACUCUUUGUAAUUUUACGAAUAAUUUCAGCAUUUAUUUUGGAAAUAGACGUUACACACAUAAGCUUUUUUUUGUGAUGAUGGCCGAUUGUCUGUAUACACGAAUGAGGUCUUGAGAAUAAAGUUCCGAUCUCGAAGCUGAACGCAAAAAAAACACAAAGUGUAGCUGUAGAACUUCUGUUUCCAAAACAAAUACUUUCUCAACCAAAUACUUUAACCGCAAAUAGAAUUCUCCUUCGAAAGUAAUGCAAGAGAUCAUGAUUAAUUUCAGCGUUACAUUUGUAUGGAGAUAACUCAGACAGUAUGGAGUCCUAAUAUUUCUGUUCGAUGUGUGACAGUGUAGUACACUACCUGAGAAAAAAACUGAAGCACCGAGAAGAAAUGGUUCCAUGUCAAUGUAACUUCAUACACGCACACACCAUCGGCGGGUGUGUAAAUGAUUACAGUUGCAGCUCCCUGUGGCAGGUAGAACGGCCACAAUGUGCAUAAGUAUUGUAGUGCUUAAUGAUGCUACGAAGCCUGGGAAGGUAGGGGGCUUGAACAGCGUCAGAUAUUGAGCAGUCACUGUGAAGGAUAUGGGGAUGCCGCGCACUCAUAUGAGACGGCGUUAUUAGCAAAUUACUGGUUCGAAAGGGGCAUCGUUGUGGGUCUCCAUUUGGCUGGAUGUUUGAAUUCAGACUCGUGGGGCGUUCAGAAGUGGCAGCGGCUCGAUGCUGGACUGAAUAGGAGCGUGAGAACAGCCACACUCGUUGCCAUGCUUCCGGUCGACCACGUCUGCCCACGACAAGAGGGAUUACCGCACUGUGCACCAGGCGCACCGCACCCCUUCACAUCUGCGCCCGCCUUUCGAGAACAAGUAACGGACUGCCUGCAACAUUCUACAUCUACAUCUAUGUGAUUACUCUGGUAUUCACAAUAAUGUGCCUGGCAGAGGGUUCAAUGAACCACCUUCAAAUUGUCUCUCUACCGUUCCACUUACGAACGGCGCGGGGGAAAAACGAGCACUUAAAUUUUUCUGUGCGAGCCCUGAUUUCUCUUAUUUUAUCGUGACGAUCAUUUCUCCCUACGUAGGUUGGUGCCAACAGAAUGUUUUCGCAAUCGGAGGAGAAAACUGGUGACUGAAAUUUCAUGAGAAGAUCCCGUCGCAACGAAAAACGCCUUUUUUUAAUGAGUGCCACUCCAAUUCACGUAUCAGUCUGUGGCACCAUCUCCCCUAUUUCGUGAUAAUACAUAACGAGUCACCGUUCCUUGUACUUUUUCGAUGCGGAUCCCACACGGCACAGCAGUACUCCAGAAUAGGGCGGACAAGCGUGGUGUAAGCAGUCUCUUUAGUAGACCUGUUACAUCUUCUAAGUGUUCUGCCAAUGAAUCGUAGUCUUUGGUUUGCUCUACCCACAAAACUAUCUAUGUGAUCGUUCUGUGGUUCAAAUGGCUCUGAGCACACUGGGACUUAACAGCUGUGGUCAUCAGUCCCCUAGAACUUAGAACUACUUAAACCUAACUAACCUAAGGACAUCACACACACCCAUGCCCGAGGCAGGAUUCGAAUCUGCGACCGUAGCAGUCGCACGGUUCCGGACUGCGCGCCUAGAACCGCGAGACCACCGCGGCCGGCGUAAUCGUGCUAGUUUAGGUUAUUUGUAUCUGUAAUCCCUAAGUAUUUAGUCGAAUUUACAGGCUUCAGGUUUGAGUGACUUACCGCGUACUCGAAAUUUAGUGGAUUUCUUUUAUUACUCAUGUGAAUAACUUCACACUUUUCUUUAUUCAGGGUCAAUUGCCUCUUUUCGCACCAUACAGAUAUCUUAUCUAAAUCAUUUUGCAAUUAAUUUUGGUCAUCUGAUGACUUUAGAAGAUGGUAAGUGACAGCAUCAUCUGCAAACAAUCUAAGACGAUUACUAAGAUUGUCUCCUAUUUCGUUACUGUAGAUCAGGAAGAAUAGAUAGCCUAUAACACUUCCUGUUUUACUCGAUGACUUUUCGUCUAUUACUACGAACUGUGACCUUUAUGACAGGAAAUCACGAAUCGAGUCGCACAACUGAGGUGAUACUCCGUAGGCACGCAGUCUGAUUAGAAUACGCUUGUGAGGAACGGUGUCGAAAGCCUUCUGGAAAUCCACAAAUAUGGAAUCAAUUUGACAUCCCCUGUCGAUAGCACUCAUUACUUCAUGAAUAUAAAGAGCUGGUUGUGUUUCAUAAGAACGAUAUUUUCUGAAUCCGUGCUGACUAUGUGUCAAUAAAUCGUUUUCUUCGAGGUAAUUCAUAAAGUUCGAACACAGUAUAUGUUCCAAAACCCUACUGCAAAUUGACGUUAGUGAUAUGGGUCUGUAAAUCAGUGGAUUACUCCUAUUUCACUUUUUGGAUAUUGGUGUGACUUGAGCAAUUUUCCAGUCUUUAGGUGCGGAUCUUACCGUGAGUGAGCGGUUGUAUAUAAUUGCUAAAUAUGGAGUCAUUGUAUCGGCAUACUCAGAAAGGAACCUGACUGGUAUACAAUCUGGACCGGAGGCCUUGCCUUUAUUAAGUGGUUUAAGCUGCUUUGCUACACCGAGUCAUCCCGCACCAUUGGCUGGAGACUAGCAGAAGGGAAACUAGGGAACUACUGUGCCGUGCGAAGGCUGCCGUUGACACCACAACGUACAUGGCAGCGUUCGCAGUGGUAACGCAAUCGAUAAGCAUGGGCUGCUGAUGAAUGCUGUCACGC